UGGGAGUUGUAGUUUGGUAACAGCUGUUGUGCUAUAGGUUAAUGAAGCUUUUUCUCUACCUAUUCUCAGGACAUGAUGGGAGUUGUAGUUCUGCACAGUUUGGGCCAGUCUUAUGCUAGGCUAGCUGCGUAGGUAACAGAUGCAGCAUAUAAACAAUGUGUCAUAUAACAGGAAUGUGUCCGUCAGCUGUGCCCAGCAUGCAGCACGUGACUCCGUCCUCCCGUGUCCGGUGCCGCUCCGUGUCCACACCGCCGCUGCCCUCCUCUCCGUCUUCCUCUCUCCCCACCCCUGGCACGGGCCUCUGCCCCCGCACUGCGCCUGCGCACAGGCCCGGCUCGGGAGCCAUGUUGUUGGGAUCUACGAGGCUUGAAUUCUCCUGGCUCCUGUACGUUGUCUACGUUUUCUGCUGCGAGAGGACUCCCAGGCCAAAGCCGCUUGUUGUGUGAACUGUGUCCGGAGAGCUGCUGCCCUGAGCCAGCCUGUGAGUGUCAGCGGGGUCCGGGGCCCCCCCGGGCGGUCACCAUGAGCACAGGCUGCGACCUGUCCCGGAGGAAUCCGCAGGAGGAUUUCGAGCUCAUCCAGAGGAUUGGCAGCGGCACCUAUGGAGAUGUGUACAAGGCUCGGAAUGUCAACACGGGUGAACUCGCUGCAAUUAAAGUUAUUAAACUGGAACCAGGGGAAGACUUUGCGGUGGUACAGCAGGAGAUCAUAAUGAUGAAGGAUUGCAAACAUACCAACAUUGUGGCUUACUUCGGCAGCUAUCUGAGGCGUGAUAAGCUUUGGAUAUGCAUGGAAUUUUGUGGUGGAGGUUCCUUACAAGAUAUCUAUCAUGUAACCGGCCCGCUCUCAGAACAACAGAUUGCGUAUGUUUCCCGGGAAACGCUGCAGGGGUUAUAUUAUUUACAUAAUAAAGGAAAAAUGCAUCGGGACAUAAAGGGAGCUAACAUUCUUCUGACAGAUAAUGGUCAUGUAAAGCUUGCUGAUUUUGGAGUGUCUGCCCAAAUAACAGCAACUAUAGCUAAACGAAAGUCUUUCAUUGGAACGCCAUACUGGAUGGCUCCAGAAGUGGCCGCUGUGGAGAGGAAAGGCGGAUAUAACCAGUUAUGUGAUAUCUGGGCAGUAGGCAUAACUUCCAUAGAGCUUGCAGAGCUGCAGCCUCCCAUGUUUGACUUGCAUCCAAUGAGGGCCUUAUUCUUAAUGACAAAGAGCAAUUUUCAGCCUCCGAAGUUAAAAGAUAAGAUGAAAUGGUCAAAUAGUUUUCAUCAUUUUGUCAAAAUGUCUCUCACGAAAAAUCCUAAGAAAAGACCUACAGCCGAAAAAUUGUUACAGCAUCCCUUUGUUACACAACCACUGAAUCGCACUCUUGCGAUAGAACUGUUGGAUAAGGUGAACAAUCCUGACCACUCUAGUUACCAUGAUUUUGAUGACGAUGAUCCAGAGUUUAAGUUUUGGGGUAUCUUUUCUCCUGCAUCUCCUCCUGUGCGUCGGGCCCCUCGUUUUGCUGCCCGUCCCAAGCCUCCCGUUGUCGUUCCUCACAGGAUUCACUCAACAAGUCGGAGUGUCAGAGAGGAGAAGACACGUUCCGAAAUUAACUUUGGCCAAGUAAAGUUUGAUCCACCUAUGAGGAAAGAGACUGAGCCACAUCAUGAUCUGCUCGACAGGGACGAUUUUUUGGACAGUGCAGAAGAAAUAUACUACACUGCAAGAUCUAAUCUGGACCUACAGUUAGACUAUGGCCAAGGUCCUCAAAGUGGCUAUUUCCUUGGGGGAAACAAGAGUCUUCUGAAAUCAGUAGAAGAAGAGCUGCACCAACGGGGACAUGUGGCACAUUUAGAAGAUGAUGAUGAUGGGGAUGAUGAUGAAUCUAAACACUCCACUAUAAAACCCAAGGUGCCACCUCCUCUACCACCAAAGCCGAAAACAAUAUUCAUACCCCAAGAGUCAAGUGCUUCUGAAGACGAUAACCAAGGAACGAUCAAAAGAUGUCCUAUUUCAGAAAGCCCAGCACGGCCUGCUUCUUACGUACCUCCGAGACCACCCCCUCCACGAUUACCACCCAGCAAACCAAAUGUGUUAGGUAAUGGACUGGGUUCAUUUCAAGUGAAUGGAGAACGGGACACGUCUUCACUUCCUCAACAGUUAGAUAGCCGGAUUUCCAAGUCACUAAGUGUGCCUACACGAAAAGAAAAGAAAGAUGUUCCGAAGCCGAUAAGUAAUGGACUUCCACCUACACCUAAAGUGCAUAUGGGUGCAUGUUUUUCAAAAGUAUUUAAUGGCUGUCCCUUGAAGAUCUAUUGUGCGACAUCAUGGAUAAAUCCAGAAACGAGAGAUCAGUAUCUAAUAUUUGGUGCUGAAGAAGGGAUUUAUACUUUGAAUUUGAAUGAACUGCAUGAAACAUCAAUGGAACAGCUUUUCCCAAGAAGAUGUACAUGGAUGUAUGUAAUGAACAACUGCCUUCUCUCGAUAUCUGGUAAAGCCUCCCAACUAUAUUCGCACAAUCUCCCUGGCUUGUUUGAUUAUGCCAGACAAAUGCAGAAAUUGCCUGUUGCUAUUCCAGCGCACAAGCUUCCUGACAGAAUACUCCCUAGAAAGUUUGCUGUCUCUGCAAAAAUACCUGAUACAAAAUGGUGUCAAAAGUGCUGCGUUGUGAGGAAUCCAUAUACAAGCCAUAAGUAUCUAUGUGGAGCCCUCCAGUCGAGUAUUAUACUCCUAGAGUGGGUUGAACAAAUGCAGAAGUUCAUGCUAAUAAAGCACAUAGAUUUCCCAUUACCGUGCCCCCUCAUGAUGUUAGAGAUGCUUGUUGUGCCUGAACAGGAGUAUCCCUUAGUGUGUGUGAGCGUCAGUAAAGGCACAGAUUUUAACCAGGUUGUAAAGUUUGAGACGGUAAAUCCGAACUCCACCUCUUCGUGGUUUACAGAGACAGACACCCCACAGUCAGAUGUUGUCCAUGUGACCCAGUUAGAGAGGGAUACCAUCCUAGUGUGCCUGGAUCGUUCUAUAAAAAUAGUGAAUCUUCAAGGAAGGUUAAAGUCUAGUCGCAAGUUGUCUUCCGAGCUGACGUUUGACUUUCAGAUUGAGUCUAUAGUUUGCCUACAAGACAGUGUCCUUGCUUUUUGGAAGCACGGAAUGCAAGGAAGAAGCUUCCGAUCAAAUGAGAUAACACAGGAAAUCUCCGAUAACACUCGGAUAUUCCGGCUGCUGGGAUCUGACAGGGUUGUUGUUUUGGAGAGCAGACCCACAGACAACCCCACAGCCAACAGUAACCUGUAUAUUCUUGCAGGACAUGAGAACAGCUACUGAAAGCCAAUGGCAAAAAUAGUUCAUGUUGCUAAGAGAAAACUAUUUCUUGGGGGUCUACAGGCUUGGCAGAAAGAAGGUUGGAAGAUGACUGCAAGAGGGCAAUGCAAACCCACUGUCGAUGCAGCAGUCUAGGCAAAGGAUUUGGUCUGUACCACAUUGCUCGCGGUACAGUGGAGCGGAAAUGAUGUGGUUGCGGAUGCUUGGAUUGUGAGGAAAGAGUUACAGAGCAGGGUUAUAUGUUCCUGCACAGAAAUUUGCAUUUAAAGCAGCAGCAACACAUGAUCAUUUUCUAUACAUAUUAUAUAUAUAGAAAUAAUUUAUUGUGGCAUGAGUCCGUGAUGAGGAAAAUGUUGCUUCUAUGUGGUAUGGACACGUUUCUUUCCACACAAGAGCUGCAUUCACACUUGUGUAAUCCGUGCACACACAGGUAGUAGUAUUAAAUCUCUAUCAUACUACAAUGGCUAUAACUUUGUGUUGCUGAUGCCCAACCUGGAACCCUGCUGUAGAUAGUUAAACUUUUAUGACGUACAAGUGUCUUAAUUGUACAGAUGUAAAGUUCGGUCCGAGCCCCAUGUCCUGAGAUCUGUUCCUUUUGUUCACCCAGCCACUAGUCUUAGCUAGUUAGAGUGGACCUUUAAAGGAGUACUCCCACCCUAGACAUCUUAUCCCCUA